CUUAAACUAAAGGAAGAAGACGAAGAAGAAGCGCGGAAGUAACAUCCGAUGCGCAUGGCGCUGUUUGAAUAAUUAUUUGUCCUAUGUUUGCAAACCAUUUUUUUCUGUAUUGUAUGAGCAUUUAUAUAUACUGACUACUUUAUAACAGAAUACAGUAUUCUACAAAAUGGAGGCAGAUCUGUACGAUGAGUUUGGGAAUUACGUUGGUCCAGAGCUGGACUCCGAUGAUGAUGAAGAUGACCUGGAAGCAGAAGACAGGGAUGUUGAUGAGGGUGAUGAAGAUGACGACGAUGAGCCUGCUGAUGCAGAUGAUGAUGUCCCAGGCAUGGAGGUGGUCUUGCACGAGGACAAGAAGUACUACCCAACAGCCGAAGAGGUUUAUGGGCCAGAGGUGGAAACUAUUGUGCAGGAGGAGGACACACAGCCUCUUACAGAACCCAUUAUCAAGCCUGUGAAGCACAGGAAGUUCACUUUGAUGGAACAGGAAUUACCUGCCACUGUUUACGACAUGGAAUUUCUUGCAGACCUGAUGGAUGGUCCUGAACUGAUCCGUAACGUCACCCUCUGUGGUCACCUUCACCAUGGCAAGACUUGUUUUGUGGACUGCCUGAUUGAGCAGACACACCCAGAAAUAAGGAAGAGGGAUGAUGUGGAUCUCCGAUACACAGACAUCCUCUUUACUGAGCAGGAGAGAGGAGUUGGCAUCAAAAGCACUCCUGUCACAAUGGUCCUGCCUGACUCCAGAGGAAAAUCCUACCUUUUUAACAUCAUGGAUACACCAGGUCAUGUGAACUUCUCUGAUGAAGUCACAUCUGGAAUGAGGAUCUCAGAUGGCGUUGUCCUCUUUAUAGAUGCAGCAGAAGGGGUGAUGCUGAACACAGAGCGUCUGAUAAAACAUGCAGUUCAGGAGCGCAUGGCGAUCACCAUCUGCAUCAACAAGGUGGAUCGGCUCAUUGUGGAGCUCAAACUGCCUCCAACAGAUGCUUAUUAUAAACUUCGCCACAUUGUGGAUGAGGUUAAUGGUUUGCUCAGCACAUAUUCCACAGAUGAGAACCUGGUGGUGUCUCCUCUCCUUGGAAAUGUGUGUUUUGCCAGCUCUCAGUACAGUAUCUGUUUCACCCUGGGGUCUUUUGCAAAGAUCUACGCAGACACCUUUGGCGACAUAAACUAUAAUGAGUUUGCAAAGAGGCUCUGGGGAGACAUUUAUUUCAAUCCAAAAACUCGCAAGUUCACAAAGAAAGCUCCCAGCAGCAACUCUCAGCGCAGCUUUGUGGAAUUUGUCCUGGAGCCUCUCUACAAGAUUCUCUCACAGGUGGUUGGGGAUGUGGACACAUCUCUCCCUCGAGUUUUGGAUGAGCUUGGUAUCCACCUUACGAAAGAGGAACUGAAGCUGAACAUUAGACCCCUGCUCAGGCUCGUCUGUAACAGAUUCUUUGGAGAGUUCACUGGUUUUGUGGAUAUGUGUGUGCAACACAUCCCAUCACCACAAGAGGGCGCCAGGACAAAGAUAGAGCACACUUACACUGGAGGUCUCGACUCAGAUUUGGGUGAAGCCAUGGCUGAGUGUGAUCCUGAUGGUCCACUGAUGUGCCACACCACUAAGAUGUACAGCACAGAGGAUGGGGUUCAGUUCCAUGCGUUUGGCAGGGUGCUGAGUGGGACUAUUCAGGCAGGUCAGCCCGUCAAGGUGUUAGGCGAGAACUACACUCUGGAAGAUGAGGAAGACUCCCAGGUCUGCACUGUGGGUCGUCUCUGGAUCUCUGUUGCUAGAUACCAAAUUGAAGUGAAUCGAGUGCCUGCUGGUAAUUGGGUUCUCAUUGAGGGUUGCGACCAGCCAAUCGUGAAGACCGCCACAAUCACAGAACCCAGGGGGAACGAGGAGGCUCAGAUUUUCAGGCCGUUGAAGUUCAACACAGCUUCAGUUAUCAAGAUUGCAGUGGAGCCAGUCAACCCGUCAGAGCUGCCGAAAAUGUUGGAUGGCCUGAGGAAGGUCAACAAGAGCUACCCAUCUCUUACCACAAAGGUGGAGGAGUCUGGAGAGCACGUUAUCUUAGGGACAGGAGAGCUUUACCUGGACUGCGUCAUGCAUGACUUGCGGAAGAUGUAUUCUGAGAUUGACAUUAAGGUUGCCGACCCAGUUGUGACUUUCUGUGAAACGGUGGUGGAGACAUCAUCACUUAAGUGCUUUGCUGAGACCCCGAACAAAAAGAAUAAGAUCACCAUGAUUGCUGAGCCCUUGGAAAAGGGACUUGCUGAGGACAUAGAGAACGAAGUGGUGCAGAUCACAUGGAACAGGAAGAAGCUGGGAGAGUUUUUCCAGACCAAGUAUGACUGGGAUCUGCUGGCUGCCAGGUCUAUCUGGGCCUUUGGACCGGACACAACGGGACCAAACAUUCUUGUAGAUGACACACUGCCGUCUGAGGUGGACAAGGCGCUGCUUGGUUCAGUCAAAGACAGCAUCGUCCAGGGCUUCCAGUGGGGCACCAGGGAGGGACCUCUGUGUGAUGAGCCCAUCAGGAAUGUCAAGUUUAAAAUCCUGGACGCUGUUAUCGCUCAGGAGCCUCUCCACAGAGGAGGAGGUCAAGUUAUCCCUACAGCCAGGAGAGUGGUGUACUCUGCUUUUCUCAUGGCCACUCCGAGGCUGAUGGAGCCAUAUUACUUUGUAGAAGUUCAGGCUCCUGCCGAUUGUGUAUCUGCAGUCUACACAGUGUUGGCUCGAAGAAGGGGUCAUGUCACUCAGGAUGCACCUAUUCCUGGCUCUCCACUGUACACAAUUAAGGCUUUCAUCCCCGCCAUCGACUCCUUUGGCUUUGAGACGGACCUUCGUACACACACUCAGGGUCAGGCCUUUGCUCUGUCUGUGUUCCACCACUGGCAGAUUGUGCCUGGUGAUCCCCUGGACAAGAGUAUUGUAAUCAGGCCUCUUGAGCCGCAGCCCGCGCCCCACCUGGCCAGAGAGUUCAUGAUAAAGACCCGAAGGCGCAAGGGUCUAAGUGAAGAUGUGAGCAUCAGCAAGUUCUUCGACGAUCCCAUGUUGUUGGAGCUGGCAAAACAAGACGUGGUGCUUAAUUAUCCCAUGUGAGAUCGCAACAGUCUCCACAAACAACACCAACACCUUCACUGGAUAUUCAACAGCUAAUAUGACUUCUUACCAGGAUAUUUGGAGUAAAACCUUAUUCUUCUUUUUUUUUUUCUUUCUUAUAGAUUCAGGUCAUAAAUAGGUUUUUUACAUGUACACAGCUGUUUUAUUAGCUUGCUCUCUGUUCAGGUAAAAACCACACAAUUAGUUUGAUUAAAAAAAACAUGCAAAUAUAUAGAAUUGUUAAAGAAGGUUGUUGCUCCUCAAUUGUCUUGUAUUUUUAUUUUUAUAUGUACAAAUGAUUGUUUUUGUAACGUAACUUUGAAGUUGGGGAAAAAGACUUUGGAUGUUAGAUCUGGCAUAAGUGAAUAAACGAUGUUUGGAAUUUAAA